UUUGAAAAUGGGAAGUGGAAGAAAUAAUGUGUAGAUUUAGACCUAGUUUGCUCCCUUGAAUCACUGAACGUUAUAAAGUUUGAAAACAAGCUUCUUGUGCGUGUUGUAAUAACUGUAUUGAGACACUUCCACUAUACCAGUAAACCGAAACGUUGAGAGAGAGGUUCUAUUUGAUCGGUUGUAUCUGCUCAUGACGUCGACCCAUUACAUCAGUGUAUACUAUUUACACACCGUUCUAGUCGUCGGGUUUCAGCGGUUCUUAUGAUCUCAGUACUAAAUACACAGACACAUGUUGAAAAAAAGAUGUGCGCGACUGUGAGAGCUGCCAAACUGGAUUUUAAACUGUAUUUACAUUCCACAAGACAUUGCAUUUGACUUUUUGGUAUGAUAACAAAUUUAAAAAGUUGUAUUUUAGUACCAUUAAGAAUGAUUUUUGUAUGUCUGUUGACGAUUUCCCUGGCAAGUCUAGCACAAGCGUGUAACGAUACCCGGAUGUUCGGAAAUGAAUGCCAGUACCAAUGUCAUUGCGCCAACGGUUGUGAGACAAGCGGGGAAUGUGUCAAUGGGAAAUGUGCCAAAGGGUGGUUCGGCUUUAGAUGUCAAUACAGAAAUAUAGCAGUGGAUGCAACAGUGGAACCAAAGAGAUAUACUUCCUGGUUAACUGAUGGUCUUAAUGACACGUGUAACAAUGAUACGACCAUCUCAUCAGUGACACUGCUCUGGGAUGAAGAGUUUCUAUUUACUUGGAUGACAAUUGAAGUCAACAAUGCUUCAAAACUAACUGCUUUCAAGAUCUGGUUCAUUGCUACUGGCAAAACUUACGAGGAGAUACCAUGCUCUGGUCAACGACUUGCAUUAAUUAAUGAAAACACAUUGAAAAUAUUUUGUGAUCUUAAAGUUUUAAUCGAGCAAGUGAUAUUGGAAGGAGAGGCUGUUUAUUUUCUAUGUUCUCUACAUGUCAGUGGAGGCAGGAAUGUUGCGCUGAAACAAGAAACCAAUCAGACGACGACAUAUUACUCGAAUGAAAGCUACGGGUCUCAAUUUGCAGUGGAUGGUGACCUCAACACCAAUGCAAAGAUACAGGGAUGCAGUCAUACAGCUGUUAAUGACACUGCCCCCUGUUGGACGGUCAGUUUUGAUGGACCACGACGUGUAGAUACAUUUGUUAUUUAUAAUAGAAGAGAUGACCAGCCAGAACGUCUCAAACAUUUCCAACUUAAAGCAGAGAAUGAACACAGUCAGAGUGUAUUCUCUUACCGGGACUCUCUGGACCACUUCCUCUACAUCUACAGAGUGAACAUUCUAGAACAUCUUUCCAUAAAAUCUGUUACCAUCUGCCAGAAUGAGACAGACACACCCUUCGUUACACUUUGCGAAGUGGAGGCUUAUGGCGAAUGUCUACCUGGCUCUUGGGGUUUGAACUGUUCCAACAAGUGUCCUCGUUCAUGCCCUAACUCCUGUGACAGAGAGUAUGGAACAUGCAACGCCAUCUGUGUCGGAUCUAGUGACCCACCUGAUUGUACUAGAGCAUGCGCUGUUACAACUUACGGCAUGAAUUGUUCCCAAAGCUGCAGUGAUUCCUGCUUAAAGAGCUACUGUCAUCCUGAAAAUGGAAGUUGUGUGAGUCAGCGAGUCAGCGAUUUAGAAAAUCACUUGAAAGGAAGCUCCAGCGCUGACAGUCUUUCAACUGGAAUUGGCAUCGGUAUAGGAGCAAGCUGUUGUCUGUUUCUAAUUAUACUUUUCAUCAUUAUCGUGGUAUUUAAGAAAAGAAAACGAGUUCCUCCCAUACCAACAAUCAGACCACCAAGAGGUUAUGACGAUGUAGAUCUGUCUACUCCAGAGGAAUAUAACUAUGAGACAGUACACCAGCAAGACCUGAAGAAAACAAGUUCAGAUGCUAGAGAUGAUACAACAAACAUGUCCCAACAGAAGGAAACAAAUAUCAACCUUUAUGUUAAUACCAACUGGCCUGCCACACACAAAGAUUAAAUUUAAUGCAAGACAACCACCUCAUUACAAUCAAUGAGAACUUGUUAUUAACAAUAUUUAAUGCCUUGCUGUAUAUUCUAUGAAUAAACAUGUCAAAUAAUAAAAA